UCUCCUUAAUUAUAUGUUCCCUCUCACCAUUCAAUGGUGAAUUCAAUUCCCACCGAUAACCCCACCCUCCAUUUAUUACUCUUGUUCUUAAAUUUCUCCCUUUUUUUGAGCUUUUUUUUAAAGCCAAAGCAAACUCUUUGUUUUCAUUUAACAAAACACUCUUCCAACCCACACCUCCAUUAUUUGUUCAAAAUAACACCAAAGCUCUCCUCUUUCCCCACCAAAUGGAAAAAAAGUUGUCUUUUAGCCCCGUUCUCUUCCACAAAACUCCUAUAGACCCCAAUCCCUUCUCCUCCACCUCUCCUCCUUCCCCAUGGGAGCCUUCUCUCGAUCUCAUUUCAUCGAUGGAGGACGAAGAAGGAGAUGAGGAAGAGGCCGUUAUGCGCGGGCUUCGCUCCGACCGCCGGCUUCAUCUUCGAUACCGGCGGCGGCAAGAGCUCGCUCCUCGUCGAAACAGGGGCGCCUCCGUUCGACGGUGGGGUGGCCGUGGCCGUCGACUCGACCGACCCCUUUGGAGAUUUCCGAGUAUCCAUGGAGGAGAUGGUGGAUGCUCAUGGAGUAUCAACGGACUGGACUUGGUUGCAGGAAAUGCUUGGCUGGUUCCUAAGAGCUAAUGAUAAAGGUGGAGGAGAUGGAGGGGGGAGAGAAUGGUUAAUGGAUGACAUGGUUUGAUUUGAUAUUGGAGAUUUGUGUUAAAGCUUGGUUUCAGAGCUUUCAUGGUGGUUUCAGUGCAUGGAUUUAAAAUAUAUAUAUAUAUAUAUAUUUAUUGUGGUGAAGAUCUGGCUUUAAUUUUGCGGUUUUGGCAAGUAAAGGGAAUUCAUACCAACAUGUAUGAUUUUAAUUACUGCAACAGUGUCUGCAGUUAAUGUUUAGAUGUUAAUAUUGUGUCAGAGUUUUACAAUCUCC